UAUUCCACAAAUAUGUAUCUUCACACUUCGUGGCUUCUUUGCUCUUCAAUAAGUGCAUGCGUUUAAGACUUCAUUCUCGCCUUAGGAGGUUUUGAAAGUUUAGGAAAAAUCUGUAAGAAGUUUGUUAAAUAUCACCAACGCUGCUAUUGUCGGACUGUUACCAAAGCCACUAAUGACGGAUCUUUAAUUGCAUUGGGCGACUGAUAUAUCUACACUUAAAAAAUAAUUCUAGCUUAGCAGUUCUCCAACAACUGAUACGAAUACAUAGGCGCAAUUUCAUUAUUAGAGAGGUUUGGCAGAGAGGCUACCUGGGCCAGAAUGCGUAGGAUCUAGUGGUAAUUUUACCACGAUUCCACUAUCAUGAAUAUAAUCAAGGGAUAUUAGGGAUGAGUAAUAUCAACUCGGCGAAAAAAGGAGAUGUAACUCCUGCAUUUUGCCCUAGAACGAGGAAGCAUAAGCGAAGAGCACUGCAGAGAUAUUACGUGUGGUGAAUGCGCCAUGAUUGGCAUUUCGAUUCUGCUUACUUUCCACUUGUCAGAUUCCAGGCUUGUGGAUCACACGUGAACCAUCGCAUUGCUCCAUACGGGUUUUCUUCCUUGAUGUUUGGAGAUGAGAUUGCCGUAACCUAUUUGGUAUGACUUCCCUUUUAAUAUAUGUAUAAAUAUAAGUUUUAGCUCAGCCCGUGUUGAAAGCAACCGGAGAUUGGCAAGGAUCGCAGAAACAAUUUUAAAAACAACACCGAAGAACGACAGGAGUAUUAGGGCCUUCUUAAAAGGUUAUUUUCAUUUUCGACUGAACCAGAAAUCUCUGAAUCUAAACAGAGAUCGGAGUACAUGGACAGCGGUUUCUACUGAGAGUUUGGAAAGAACUGAAGGAAGGAUAUAUAUCGAAAAUGUGUUUGACGCUAGAUGACGUGAAAAUAGCAGCGAGAGGACUAUUCGAGUACGAGACACCCAAAUAUGUGGUCAUCAAAAACAAUGUGGUGGGAACCAUCAACUUUACAAUACAGUUGACCAUAUUAUUGUAUACGGCAUUUUACGCCCUCUGGUGGGAAAGGGGGUACCAAGAAACAGAGGUGCCGGUCAGUGCGGUGACCACAAAAUUAAAGGGGAUUGAGUACACCAAUAUUUCGUCCGUAGGACCUCGCAUUUGGGACGUUGCUGAAUAUGUUGUGCCUCCCUUGGAAAAGGAUGCUUUCUUUCUUAUGACAAACAUGGUUGUAACGCCGAACCAGAAGCUAGGAAAAUGCGAUGAGGACCCAGAAGUUGCUCCAUGCAAGCGAGACUCCGACUGCUCAGCAGGUCAAACAACAUUUGGAAGCAACGGUCGUGCUGUUUCAGGGGUCAUGACAGGACGAUGUAUCCCGUCGUCUAGAAACUCUUCCAUGACGUCAUGUGAAGUAUUCGCAUGGUGUCCCGUGGAAAAUGACGUCCCACUGCUUAAAGGUCGACCUGUUCUUCCGGGGGUAGAGAACUGCACUGUGCUUAUAAAAAACUACAUUGUUUUCCCGAAAUUUGGCGUAAGAAGGCGAACAAUUCCUGAAGAUUAUGCCGAAAAACAUCUUAAGACUUGCAGAUGGAACAAAGACGAAGAAAAAUACUGCCCAACGUUUAGGAUAGGCGACAUUAUCAACAGUAUUGGAGAAAAUUUUACCGAAUUAGCUUAUAAAGGAGGAGUUAUCAAUAUCAAUAUACAGUGGGACUGCAAUUUAGAUUAUGACCCGAAAUAUUGCCUACCACUUUUUACAAUGAGAAGGGUGGACGAAAAAACAGAUAUCGCCCCUGGCUUGAAUUUUAGGCAUGCCUAUCACUAUGUUGAACACGGUCAACCCGCCAGAACACUAAUAAAAGCCUGGGGGAUACGUUUUGUGAUCACAGUAUCAGGGAAGGGAGGAAAAUUCAGUAUAGCACCCACGUUGCGUAAUAUUGGUGCAGGACUAGCACUUAUGGCUAUGGCUUCGGUGGUAUGUGACAUUGUCCUACGCAUUUGGUACCGCUCGUCAUUCGAGAAAGAAAAAUACAAUGAAGCAAAAAUAAUGCGUCUGGAAUGCUGCUGACCUUAAAAAGAAACUGAUACAAAGAAGAAACAUGACUCUCAGUUUUGUAAAUUUAAUUAAAUCGCUGAAGAAAAAGCUAAAACACAAAAACCAGCAAAAAUACAAGCGAUAAAUGGUGUUUAAUUCAACGUAUUUUUAUCUUUAACAUCGUACCAAAGAGCUAUCAGUAAGGCGAUCUGAAUGAUUUUUUCAUUGGCAGUGUUGACACUUGUUGAUACUUGUGACGGUUCGUCAUUUCGUCAUCAACAUUCGCCCUCGGACGGAAUGACAGCAGCAGCAGGAAAGCAAGCCAUGAGCUAAGACCAGAGUUGCUUUUUCGGAGGACGCUUGUUGUUUGCCUCCAUUGUUUUCAUGCGUAAUUGAUACAUUUUGUGUUUCAUAUAAACCUGUUCCCCCAUUGGCUCAUGCCAGUGGCAAGUCUCAGUACCGUCAUGAUAAAACAAGAACUGAGACGUUUUACUAUCAAACCACACUUCCCUUCCUUCUUUACAGCCAUGAAUAACUCUGAUAACAGAAAAGGAGACCGUUGAAUCUAACUCAAAACGAUAAAAACAGUAAUUCAGAUAUCGGAAACGUAUUAUGAUUUUCUGAACAGUUUUGGAUAGCACAUGCCUUGGUGAUGCAAGGAAAAAAUGAAAUUUUCAGGAAGAUGCUAUACAAAUGACUAACGGGCAAUUAGAAGCAUCUAGACAAGAGAUUGCCAUAAGUACUCGAGUAUCUGUACCAAUCAAAAUCUUUCAGUUGUGAUUUUUUGACUAAUGUGUACGGCCAUAUAGAUAGUGGUAAUAUACAGUCAGAACAAGAGUAUUUUUUCGGUUAAUAACAAUUUUAUUUGUCGAGGCUAAAACUUUUUUAAAUACCCUUUCUUAUUAAUUGCCAUACCAUGUAGUUAGCCACUGAAGUCAUGUGUCAGGGGAGGAAAAGGAGGAAUUCCGAUCAAGAUACUUAAGCCGAUGUAUAAAAAAGCCAGUCUUAUAUUAACUAUGAUUUGGGAGUAUGACUUAUUUAAAUCAUGAGUGAUUGAUGAUUCAUUUUUAAUGCUUAUAUACCUUAAAAAAUCAUAUCUGUGAACUUGAACUGCGCGCGUGAAACGUUCAAGAACUAUAUGACCCAUAACAAAUGUGCACCACAA